AUGGCCCUCGAGACUUUACUCUCAAGGCUCAAAACCGCAUUUUCAAACAGCUUCGACUCAGUUCGCCCCUCAAACAAAACGACACCGUCCUCAACUACAAACCCAAAACGCAUCGCCGUUUUAGCCUUCGAAGUCGCCGGAGUGAUGUCGAAGCUUCUCCAUCUCUGGCAAUCACUUUCCGACGCAAACAUUGUUCGUCUUCAAAACCACGUCGUUUCACUCGAAGGCGUUUUGAAAUUAGUCUCAAACGACAAGUCGUUUCUAAUCAAACUCGCCGCUGCUGAGUUUGCCGACUCGCUCCGACUCGUAGCUGACUCGGUCUCUCGACUCAGUAUGAACUGUUCUAACUCCACACUCAGGUCCUUCCACCGAGUUUUCACUGAGUUCGCUGACUCGGGAUUUGACUCACUCGGUUGGACUCUCACAUCCCCAAAAGAAAUCGAAUCCAAACAUAGAAGAAUGGAACGUUACGUGUCCCUUACGUUAACUCUUCAUAAAGAAAUCGAUGAGCUUUCACUUUUACAAAGCGCGUUGAGAAAAUCACUUUUGAACAACAGCAACAGCAGCAACAAAAAUAGCAGAAGCAAAAUCAGUGACCUUGAGCAAAAGAUUUUCUGGCAGAAACAAGAGGUAAAGAAUCUCAAAGAAAAAUCUUUAUGGAACAAAGGUUUUGAUAAUGUUGUUCUGUUAUUAGCUAGGUUUGUUUUCACUUUGUUAGCAAGAAUUAAGCUUGUUUUUGGAAUUGGAAUUGGACACAAUCUACCUUAUUUAUCACGAAGUUUAUCAGCUUCUGCUGCUGUUUAUCCUUCUGAUCAUCAAAAUAAUCAAAAAGUUGAAAGCUUUGUAUCCGGGCCAUUGAAAAGUUUCAAUCUUGAUGAGAGAAAAGUUGAUUUAGGAAAUGGGUUUUUUGAGUCAAAUUGCCAAGUUUUGAAACCACCACAAGGUAGUUUAGGUGAUUCAGCUUUAUCAUUACAUUAUGCUAAUUUGAUUAUUGUUAUGGAAAAGAUGAUUAAAUCACCUCAAUUAGUUGGUGUUGAUGCAAGAGAUGAUUUGUAUACUAUGUUACCAAAUAGUAUAAGAUCAUCAUUGAGGUUAAGGCUAAAAGGGUCGAUCGGAUUUUGUGCUUGUGAUCCUCAAUUGGCUUCUGAAUGGAGAAAUGCUUUGGGAAGGAUACUUUGUUGGUUGUUACCUUUGGCACAAAACAUGAUAAGGUGGCAAAGUGAAAGGAGUCUUGAAGAGAAGAGUUUGGUUCCUAAGAAAUCCAAUGUUUUGCUUUUGCAAACUUUGUUUUUUGCCGAUAAGGUGAAGACCGAAGCGGCUAUAACCGAAUUGCUUGUUGGUUUGAAUUAUAUUUGGAAGUUUGAGAGGGAAAUGACUGCGAAGGCUCUGUUUGAAUGCAACAACGAUUUCAAUGGGUUUUUGAGUUUGUAUAAACCUAAAUAA